AGUGUAGUUGCCAACGUUCUGGUGUUCAUGUUCCUUUACGGAAUGACGGAUUAUCUCCCUAAAGAUAUGGUUAUGCCGGAAAAGAUAUUUCCCAGAGAAAUUGCCUGUAGGAAAUCGUUGUUAAAGUUCUUUGCAGCCCCCAUGAUCGCACUUUAUGUUCAAGAUUACUUCAAACCCGAAACGAAGGCCAAGGUAAAAAUGUCUAAAUUAUAACAUAUAACUUUGUUUGUUUGAAAAUCUGAUGUAAAACCGUUUGAUUUUUUGUGACCCAAAUUGUAAAGGGUUUUCUUUUAACGAACCCAAGAACUGGCUUAAUUAAUGAAACGAUAUUCUCUCUUUCAUUGAUUCGAUAGAUUUUUUUUUAAAAAUAUGGCUGUGGCAGUUAUUUUAAUGGUAUGGCCAUUGGUGUGGCCAUUGGUGUGGCUAAAAACACUUUUACUGAAAGAAGGUUGGGUCUUUUUCUUGUGCAAUGUGAUUAAAAUAAAAUAAUACGCCGAAAAUGUAUAAAUAGAAAAUUUAUUUGAAAAUAUAUAUAAAAUUGGAUAUUAAUUUGGAAAUCUAUUUAAGUAAAUAUUCGUACUUUAGCAAUGUGUAUGCUAUAAGAUACGAUAAAGGGAAUGUGUUGCAUACUAAGUUAUUCUAGAGUUUUUUUAUUGUCUACAGAUGAUUCCACUAUCUUUUUUUUUAUUCCUUUAUGUAUAAGAUGUCUAUCGACUUAUUUAUCUGGUUUAGUUAAUGUUUCAAAUUUUUCCAUUAAAGGUCACUUCUAUCUUAGAAAAUAUCAGGAAAGAAAUUGUCAAAACUUUCACUGGUGUUCCUUGGAUGGAUGAUAACUUAAGGAAAGCGUUAAUUCGAAAAGCCCAACUGUUGGAAAUGGACCCGGCUCACCCUGACUGGAUUCUUGACCAGGUCACUCUGGACAAAGUUUAUGAAAAAGCCGAAGUCUUUCCUGGAGAACUUUUAAAAAGCGUCAUUGGUAUCAGAAAAGAGGUUAUAAGGCAACGAUUUCAACUCGAGCCAUAUUCGCCCACCAUGUAAGUGUUAAUUUUAAUUGGUUUGGUUUGGUAGAGGUAAAACAAAUUUGUGGUACCUGUAAAGCAAGUUCUUGAUCAUUCCAUUAUGGUAUACAAGACAUUGAACUGAAAUUUAUAAUUAAUAACAUAAUAAAACAUAAUUAAGAAAUGUUCCAAUUUUUUUUUCUUAAAUGAUGCAGUCAAUGAUUUUUGCAAAAUAUUUUAUCUUAAAAUUAAAUUCCACAACAUUUUGUUUUUAAUCAUUUUUAAUAUUUUUAUUGAACCAAUUCUAUAAGUAUUCUAUUCAGACAAGAGUGUUCAUCAAUUUGGUGCAACGUUUAGACAUUCGACAAGGAGUUUCUGUCAAGUUGAAACAAAAUAUCGGUUCCUGAAACGUUCAGACAUUUAAAAUGCGAUUUAAGCAAAUAGAGACACCAAAAGUUGCAACCGUAGCAAUUGUAACACAUGUCCCUUUUGGAAUGAAAAUCAUGGCAUCAUUUUUAACAGUGCAACAUUGUUAUGCACCCCGAUUUGUUUCAGGUCUGAGAAUUGGGUGUUAGAUACUGCGUGUAUCAGUGGAAUUGAGGGGUAACGUUUGGAGUGGUUAAAACAUCUGAACAAUCACAAUCUUGAUCCUGAAUCUCUUGUCCUGUCAAAGAACAUACCUUGACGUGAUUGAGGGACAUACUGGCACGACUGCUGGGCUAACAGAUGUUACAGCCUACAUAAUAUCAUAAAAAAGUAGAGAUCUGCAAGUAUUUGGAUAUGAAGCAACUCUACAUAUAACAUUUCUACAAAGAACUAAAAACAGCAACACAGACCGACACAGCACAGGUUAAGCUAAUCAAAACACAGUCCGACACAGCUCAGGUUAAACUCAUAUCACAUCACAGACCGACACAUCAUAUGUUAAACUCAUAUCCCAACACAGAUAGGAACAGCACAGGUUAAAUUCAUAUCGCAUUACAGACCCACUCAGCACAGGUUAAACUUAUAUCACAGACCGACACAGCCAAGGUUAAACUCAUAUGACAACCCAGAACGACACAACACAGGUUAAACUCAUAUCACAACACACACCAACAUAGCACAGGUUAAAGUCAUAUCACAACACAGACCGACACAUCAUAUGUUAAACUCAUAUCCCAACACAGAUAGGAACAGCACAGGUUAAAUUCAUAUCGCAUCACAGACCGACACAGCCAAGGUUAAACUCAUAUGACAACCCAGAACGACACAGCACAGGUUAAACUCAUAUCACAACACACAACGACAUAGCACAGGUUAAAGUAAUAUCACAACACAGACAGACACAGACCAGGUUAAACUCAUAUCACAACACAGACCGACACAGCACAGGUUAAACUCAUUUGACCAGCAAGAACGACACAAUACAGGUUAAACUCAUAUCACAGACCGACACAGCCAAGGUUAAACUCAUAUGACAACCCAGAACGACACAACACAGGUUAAACUCAUAUCACAACACAGACCGACACAGCACAGGUUAAAAUUAUAUCACAACACAGACCGACACAUUAACGGUUAAACUCACAUCACAACACAGACCGACACAGCGCAGGUUAAACUCAUAUCACAACACACAACGACAUAGCACAGGUUAAAGUCAUAUCACAACACAGACAGACACAGACCAGGUUAAACUCAUAUCACAACACAGACCGACACAGCACAGGUUAAACUCAUUUGACCAGCAAGAACGACACAAUACAGGUUAAACUCAUAUCACAGACCGACACAGCCAAGGUUAAACUCAUAUGACAACCCAGAACGACACAACACAGGUUAAACUCAUAUCACAACACAGACCGACACAGCACAGGUUAAAAUUAUAUCACAACACAGACCGACACAUUAACGGUUAAACUCACAUCACAACACAGACCGACACAGCGCAGGUUAAACUCAUUUCACUUGAUAGAGCAAGGUUUAUACGGAUAUCAUCGCCUGCAUAUGAAAUGACCUGCAUACAAAGUGACCUGAAUAUGAAAUGACCUUAAUAUGAAAUGACCUGCAUAUCAAAUGACCUCCAUGAAAAGAGUGAGGCAACCAUCUCAGAUAGACCUGAUCUCACAUAGAUUUAUUAUUUUGCAUGAAGGUAGAAAAAUACAAUUGUUAACACAUACAAACCCCAUCAAAUAGCCGCAAAUUGUCAAUACAUUCAAACCCCAUCAAAUGGCCGCCAAUUGUUAACACAUACAAACUCAAACAGAUAGCCGUACCUAUAUUAACCCAGAGAACACACUGUGCUUCAUAAUCGUGGUCACCUGGUUUUUAAGGGUUACUCCCCCCAAAACGGAGAUAUGCACAUUACAAAAACACUGGGAAGGCAAUUUUCUUUUCUGUUUUACUUCCUCAGAAGUUGGGAGUACAUGCCUUUCAACCGUUAUGCUUAUUCCAAUGCUCAAUUGCUUUCCAUCAACAUCACCAUCUCUUUCUUACAACCCCCCAUAUACAGUCAUCUCUUCCCGAAGUAAGUACACCUUUACGAAAUAGUUAGACGGAAAAUAGAUGCAAAAAAAUAUGGUAACUUCUUGUGUAUACAUGUAAUAUUUAUUAACUUUCUUUAUUUGUACCAGUAUAUUAAUUCAUUGGCUAUUUUUAUAACGUUUCUUUACUUAUACCAGAAUAUUAAUGACGUCGUAAUUUUUAUAAAGUUUCUUUAUUUGUACGAAUAUAUAAAUGACUUCUUUAAGUCUAGGAUUGUUGAUUUUUAUGUUUUAAUAAUUUUUUUUUAUGUCUUUCCAUCUAAUAAUAAUAGUAAGUGCCAUAAAAACUGCAACAAUGUCUUAUACUAAAGCACGAAGAAAACAGUCUUCGCUGCAAUUUUAUACUUAACUAAAAAUAAUGAUUUACAAUUGAUAAAGUACUAACAAUAAAAAUGUUUUACUUAACUUUGAAGAUUUCCAGUGAAGCACCAAGCAUAUUAUGAUACAACUGGUUAUAAUUUCCAAUGUAACAUUAAUCACAUGAUGAUAAAAGUGGUUAUAAUUUCCAGUGAAACACCAACCACAUAAUGAUAAAAGUGGUUAUGAUUUCGAUUGUGUGAAAAGCAACCGAUGAAUCAAUGGUGACGUCUAAUGAAAAGUUGCAGGAGACGAUCCUACAUCAGAAAUGACACACUUCACAUAGAUAUGACAACUUAGCUCUCGGUUUAGUGGACUAUAUUUGCUUAUUUACUUUCGUUUAUUUAACACACACUAACUUCGGCAAUAGAAAUUAAGAACACAAGUAACACACACACACACUGGCAAAUGGAGCGUUUUAAAUAAUCUGAUAUUGAGUUUGAUACGAACAUGAUUUUGUUUUAUGCUGGGCUAACUGGUCUACACGAGUUUAAGACAAGUGCGAGCCAUAGCAACAAUACGAUUCACCAUAUAAUUUGAACACCAACUUAUGAACUAUCCAGGGUUUAACAGGGUGUAGAAUUUUUUAAUCGGGUCCCGGAAUUUUGAGAAAAUAACGGGUGCGUCCAAAUGUUACAAAAAUAAGAGUUAAUUUUUCGUUUUCUAGAAUAUCCAACGAAAUCUCCCGCCCUUUGUCGUAGUGAGAGCGCAUUCGUCAACCGUUUGUGGUAAGAGAUUACCCACUAAACAUAGGCAGUGUCGUUAUCUCGGAGUAGAGAUGACGUUUUACGAAAACCCGUCAACAGCGAAGAUACUGUCGUUCAUUUUAUAACAAAGGGUGCUAAACAACAGUCCCUGUAUAACGAAAAUAGCAAUACCUUCAUUGUACCAGGUGACGGCAAGACUCACAGGCGCAUCAAAGGACCGAAAUGAAAGGACGGCCCAUGACUCAGUUCUUUGUGGUGUGGAGCCCAAGAACAAAGAUGUUAAAAUAAUAAUAUUUUUUUGUUUGUAAUAUUAUUUAAAAAAGAAAAUAAAAAGUAAUUAAUUGCCGGUGUUCAGACGACACGCAUAAAUCUCGCUGCGGCACAGACAUUUUUUUAAGCAUAACUAUUAACAUAAAACAUGCGGAGUUUCGGGGUUGGCAAUUUUGAAAAGAAAGCAGGACGCACCAGAAGGAAAAUAGAUAUGAGAGGUAAAGGACUUUUUCUCUUCAUAAUCACCCUCGACACGAGGUGAAAUCGCUGAGCGGAUAUUUUGAGGUGAAGACUGGUCAACGCUUCAUUUUAACACAGUUUUAAUUUGUUCAUUUGUUCACGAGCCAAGCUUGAAUAGUAACACAUGUUAUCGUUUUGGAAGGACAACAUUGGCAACAUUGCUUUUCAAGCAGCAUGAUUUCGAUUAGGAUACCACCAGUUGGUCAUUAUAAAUAAAUGAAGGGACUGCUUGGUCAUUAUAACACGAGUAUUUCUAUUUAUAAAAUAUGAGUGAAACUGAAAUAGUAGCAAUAGGGGCGUUAUUAUAAUAGUUUCCCAAACAAUUUAGACAUCCUGUUCGUUAAUACAUUACAAUACUUGUAUUUGUUAGAAGUGUUCAGGCUGAUGCUACUCAUUUAUUAUUAAGUUAGUCCAACAAAAAAUUUGACAAGCGUAUUCCAUGAUACACACAUGACCCACAUAUAACAUACACAUAUAAACACUCGCAUAACACAAGCAAUAAAUAACAAGAUUUUCAAUAACAUUGAAAAACUUUACAAUUAUCUUUAGAUCAUUUCAGUACGGAGGUCUUGGUUGUUUGUUUGGCCACGAAUUCAUGCACGCCUUUGAUAUUGUUCGGAGACUGGUCGAUAGAAACUUCUUGCCG